AUGGCACCGUUUGAGGCUCUUUACGGGCGAAAGUGUCAGUCUCCUAUACAUUGGAGUGACGUAGGUGAACGUGCGGCAUUGGGCCCUGAUGUGUUGCGGGAAGCGGAAGAGAAGGUCCGUCUCACUUGCGAGAAGUUGCUCGCGGCGCAAUCUAGACAAAAGAGCUACUCGGAUAAGCGCAGUAGAGAUUUGGAGUUCGUGGUGGGUAACUGCGUCUUCUUGAAGGUUUCGCCUAUGAGAUGCGUGAAGCGCUUUGGAGUGCGGGGGAAGUUGAGUCCCCGGUAUAUUGGACCAUUCGAAGUGUUGGAAUGUGUUGGAGCGGUAGCAUACCGACUCGCAUUACCACCGAAGCUCGCGGAUGUGCGAAAAUUGAGAAAUCGUGAGAUUCCCGACGUGAAGAUUCGUUGGACCAAUCACGAUGAUCGUGAGGUCACGUGGGAACUCAAGGAGGCGAUGAAAGUGCAUUAUCCUCAUCUCUUCGAAGUAAUGAGUUGA